AUGCGCUUCGACGGCGCGGCCCCCGGGCCGGCGGCGCCGCUGUGCGGGGCACUGAGCCUGGUGCUGGGCGCGCUGCUGGGCAAAGUGAUAGAGGGCCGCACGGCCCCCGACGGCAGCCAGCCCUUCUCCUCGCCGCCCCCCUACCUGCCCGUGAGCUACGGCAUCCUCAGGGCGGAGGCCGCCUUCUUCCUGCGGGAGACCCGCCAGGACUCCACGCACAACUGCAGCCUGCGGUCCCGGGCGGAGCCCUUCUUCACCUACAGGGCCCGGAGGCCGCCCCUGCUCAGCGCCAGCUAUGGGCCCUUCUCCGUGGAGAAGGUCGUGCCUCUGGACCUGUCGUCAGCUUCGAACUUUCUGGGCCCGGCCGAUACGUUUAGUUUCAACUGGAAGCUGAAGGCCCACAUCCUGCAGGACAAGGUCUACCCGUCCCGGCCCACCGUGCAGGUCCUGUUCCACAUCGUGGGCCGUGACUGGGCCGAGCGCGGCCCCGCGGAGCAGCUGCCCUGCCUGCGCAUCUUCGCCUUCCGGGAGACCCGGGAGGUGCGCGGCGGCUGCCGGCUGCGCGGGGCGCUGGGGCUGUGCGUGGCCGAGCUGCGGCUGCUGGCCAGCUGGUUCAGCGCCCCCGCGGCGGUGGCCGGCCGGCGGAGGCUCGGGGACGCGGCCGAGGGCGGCGCCGUGGAGCUGUACUACGCCGUGCACGCCGGCGACGAGCGCGGAGACUGCGCCGGUGCGGACGUCAGGACGGGCAACGCCAUCCGCCCGGGGAAGGACGGCCUGCCGGACGGCACGUCCCCCCUGCAGAGGAUUGGCACCGUGGGCCUCUCUCGGGCCCAGGACAGCAGCGAGCAGCUCAGCGAGCUGCGUCUGGACGGCAACGUGGCCGUCUGGCUGCCCUCCCGGCCCGUCAGACAGGGAGACGUGGUCACGGCCUACGUCACUGUCGCCAGCAACGCCACCGUGGACCUCUUCAUCUUGCGAGCCAAGGUGAAGAAGGGGGUGAACAUCCUGGGCGCCCGGACCAGCGAGCCCCAGCGGUGGGACGUCCGGCAGGAGCUGGCAGACGGCGGGAAGCACGCCACCGCCACCGUGGUGUGCCGGCGCCUGGGGCCCGGCGCACAGGACAGAGACGGCAGUUUGUUCCACGAGGUCAUGCAGAUGAACUUCGAGAUCGCCAGCUUCAGCAGCCUGUCGGGCACGCAUCCCAUCGCCUGGCAGGCCGAGUACCCGCGCAAGGGGGCCACGGAGGUCGCUGCCUCUGAGAUCUUCGUCAGCCAGCAGGACCUGGUUGCCAUCGUCCCCUUAGCCAUGGACACCGAACUUCUGAACACGGCCAUACUCACCGGGAAGACGGUGACCGUGCCCGUGAAGGUGGUGUCCGUGGAGGAGAACAGCGCGGUGGCCGACAUCUCGGAGUCCGUGGAGUGCAAGUCCACAGACGAGGACGUCAUCAAAGUGUCCGACCGCUGCGACUACGUCUUUGUCAACGGCAAAGAGGUGAAGGGCAAGGUGGACGUGGCGGUGAACUUCACCUACCAGCACCUGCGUGCACCCCUGCACGUGGCUGUGUGGGCGCCUCGGCUGCCCCUGCAGAUCGAGGUCUCGGACACGGAGCUGAGCCAGGUCAAAGGCUGGCGGGUCCCCGUCGCGACCGGCAAGAGGCCCACGCGGGAGAGCGAGGACGAGGACGAGGAGGCGCGGCGGGGCCGGGGCUGUGCCCUGCAGUACCAGCGCGCCACCGUGCGCGUCCUCACGCAGUUCGUGUCUGAGGGCGCCGGCCCGUGGGGACAGCUGAGCCACCUGCUCAGUCCCGACUGGCAGGUGGACGUCACGCACCUGGUGGCCGACUUCAUGAAGCUGGAGGAGCCCCACGUCGCCGCCCUGCUGGCCGGCGGGAUCCUGGUCGGGCGAGAGGCUGGGAUGACCACCCUCCAGGUGCUGUCCCCGCUGUCCGACUCCAUCCUGGGAGAGAAGACGGUGACCGUGCUGGAUGACAAAGUGUCGCUGACCGACCUGGCCGUCCAGCUGGUGGCUGGGCUCUCUGUCACCCUGCACCCCGGCACGGACAACGGCGUGGCCAUCACAGCUGUGGCCGCGGCCGAGGAGCUGCUCCGGACCCCCAAACAGGAGGCCGUGGUCAGCACCUGGCUGCAGUUCAGCGACAGCUCCGUGGUGCCCCUGGACAUCUACGACGCCGAGGACUUCACCCUGACGGCCACCUCCCUGGACGAGGCCGUCGUAUCCGUCGCCCGGGCCCGCUCCGCCCGCUGGCCCGUGGUGGUGGCCGAAGGGGACGGCCAGGGGCCGCUGCUCCGCGUGGACCUGGCCAUCGCGGGGACCUGCCAGAAGUCCAAGCGCAAGAGCGUCCUGGCCGUAGGCGUCGCCCACGUCAGGGUCAAGUUUGGCCGGAACCAUGCGGACACCGGCCCCGCAGGGGAGGACGGCGAGGCCGCGCUCCGGAACCACGCCGGCGACCGGCACCCCAAGGGCCAGGACCCCGAGCGCGUGGGCCUGGACGGGCCCCCGCGGGGCAGCUCGCCGCUGGCGCGAGAGGAGGGGGCCCACAGGGGCGGCCCCACGGCCACAUCGCUGCUGGACAACCAGGUGGCCGAGAACAGCCGGCUGGACAGGGGCUGGCCGCCCGGAGAGGCCCCGCUGCAGAACAUCCCCAUCGACGUCAGCGACUUCCCGGCGCCAGCGGACCUCCCGCGGGCCGGGGCCGGGCCGGGGGACGGGGGGCUGCUGCCGGCCGCCCGCGGCCUGAGCGACCUGCAGAUCGGCAUGUACGCCCUCCUGGGCGUCUUCUGCCUGGCCAUCCUGGUCUUCCUCAUCAACUGUGCCACCUUCGCCCUCCGGUACCGGCACAAGCAGGCGCCACUGGAAGGCCAGGCCUCCGUGACCCACUCGCACGACUGGGUGUGGCUGGGCCACGGGGCGGAGCUGCGGGAGGGCGCGGGCGAGGGGCCACCGCCGCUGGACGAGCACACCACCGUCAUCGACCGCGGGCCAGCGGGCCGCGAGGACAGCGCCCGCCUCCCGCUCAAUGGCGGCUCCUCCCAGAAGCAGGUGCCGGGCCAGGGGCCCAGGCCGGCAGCGCCCGGGGGCGGGCAGGGCCGGGACCGGAAGCAAGAGGCGCCCCCCUCACCCACCUCCAAGAGGAAGAAGGUGAAGUUCGCCACCUUCACCACCAUCCCCGCCGAGGACGGCGGCCCGGCCAUGAACUGCGUCCUCGGCGGCAACGAUGAGGACAUCAAGUGGGUCUGCCGGGACCUGGAGUUGGGCGCCCCCAAAGAGCUCAGAGACUAUCUGGAGAGGUUCAAGGACAAAGCGUAG